AUGGAUAAAACUGGGUAUGUCUGCAAAGGAAUGAACAGAAGGUUCUUUGAAGCAGCCAAAUCAGGGAACGUAAGAGCGGUUAAUGAGAUUUCGCCGCUGUGGAGCGUUGCGAAUGAGUUGCUUCAACUUUCAAAUGCCAAUCUAGAGGAUGGGAUGACAUUUUUAAAAGCUAAAAAUAUGGAAGGAAACACAGCGUUACACGAAGCAGCCUUAGGAGGAAGUGAGCAAGUCGUGAAUGCUUUACUUGAAUUCUGCCCAGAUUUGGUGAAUGAGAUCAACCAAGCAGGUGAAAGGGCUCUUUUUAAAGCUUGUGAGGGAGGUCAAGUCAAGAUAGUUGAAAUGUUGUGUCCUCCAACACCUAUGAGUAUGGAGUAUUACAAGAGAUCCGAUGGCCAAACACCUUUACAUCUUGCAGUCUCUAAAUUAAGUACAGAUGUAAUUGAGAAGCUUUUACACCACAAACCUGAACUUGCCACAGAAGUAGAUAAUUUCGACAGAAGUCCGUUGCACAUGGCUGCGUUGCUUCCAUAUCUCGAUAAUUUCCUUUACCCAAAGCUUUACAGGAAAAUUUUCCUAACUGGAAAGAUGCUUAUAAGAAAUGAUGGUGGGCUUUCUUGUUACAAAGUGGACCAGAACAAGCAGUCUGCACUUCACGUUGCAGUCAAAGAAGGGAACGCAGCUUUAGUGGAUGUGAUACUAUAUUACUGCAGGGACUGCCUAGAAAUGGUCGACAACGAUGGUAGAAUUGCUUUGCAUCUGGCCGUGAACAAUGCUGCUGAAAUAUUUCUCAGAAGUGAAGGACAUCACCUGAAAUUUAUAAUAUACUCGGUAACGUCAGAAAGACUGAUAAAUUGCAUUGAUAACAAAGGGCAAACGGCAUUAGAUAUUGCACUAGAGAAGCAGAAUGAUGACCCACAACUUUACAGGGCUGUAAGUGAUUUGAUUCUCAAUGAAUUAAAACUGUUUGGUUCUUUUUAG